UUCACCUUUCAUUUUCUUAAUGCAUAUAACCAGUUAUCCUGGUUGACUGAAACAACAUACAGGGUGAAACUUCCACUAACCAAUUACUGUAGAAACGAAAUCUGGACCUCCAGCUCCUCAAGACAAUUACCUAUCUCUCAAAAAUGGACAACAAGCCAAAUAUUUACAGAAGAGAGUUAGUGGAAGUUCAGGGUGUCCCUCUCUUCUGGAGCAUUGCUGAGGAGUGGUCCCAGGUGGAGUCAUUUGAAUCCCGACCAGAUGACCUUUUGAUCUCCACCUACCCCAAAUCCGGCACAACCUGGGUCAGUGAAAUACUGGAUUUGAUCUAUAACAAUGGAGAUGCAGAGAAAUGUAAACGGGGUGCAAUAUACGACCGAGUGCCAUUCAUGGAACUUAUAGUACCUGGAAUGGAAAAUGGCAUUGAGUCUUUGAAAAACAUGCAGUCUCCUCGAUUAGUGAAAACACACCUGCCUGUUCAACUUCUUCCUUCUUCAUUUUGGAAGAAUAACUGCAAGAUGGUCUACGUGGCACGGAAUGCUAAAGACGUGGCUGUGUCUUACUAUUAUUUCUACCAAAUGGCAAAAUUACACCCAGAGCCUGGUACCUGGGAGGAGUUUCUGCAUAAAUUCAUGACUGGGAAUGUGGCUUUUGGUUCUUGGUAUGACCAUGUGAAGGGUUGGUGGGAGAAAAGGAACAAUUAUCGUAUCCUCUACCUAUUCUAUGAAGACAUGAAAGAGGAUCCAAAGCGUGAAAUUCAGAAGUUGUUAAAGUUUCUAGAGAAAGACCUGCCAGAAGAAACUGUGAAUAAAAUCCUCUAUCAUAGUUCUUUUGAUGUGAUGAAGCAGAAUCCUUGUGCAAACUAUACUACUGUACCAGGAUUUGACAUGGAUCAAACUGUGUCUCCUUUCAUGAGAAAGGGUAUUGCAGGAGACUGGAAAAACAAGUUUACUGUAGCCCAAUAUGAGAAGUUUGAAGAAGAUUAUGAAAAGAAAAUGAAAGAGUCUACACUGAAGUUUCGAUCAGAGAUCUAAGAAAUAAGUGCUCUUUGUCCAACACCUUUGAUGGUAUUUAAAUUAGAACAAUAUCUCUUUGAACAUUUGGUGAAAGAAAACUCCAUGUGACAUUUCCUCAUUUAAUAAUGCUAGUGAUUUUCAAUAGAAUAUUCAAAGAAUUUCAGAGUCUACAUAUGAAAAAUCAGUACUGUCUCUAUGAUUGUAACUACCUUCCACAAAGUUUUUACUAUUCUUAAAGGCUAAAUGAAAUAAAGUUUAAAAUUAUAAA